GUUUGUUUAUCGCAAUUCGUUCCUGGAAGUGUUUAAGGGGAAAACGUAUUUCAAUAAAAGAAAAGGUGAAGGUUCAAAAUAAGGCAACAUCCCAUACACUAUGUCGGAAACAGUGGUUGCCUUUCGUUGCAAUGAUUUUGCUAUAGCAGCGGCAAGUGGCACCAAUGCCUUUUAUUUCAUCAAGAUCACCGACCAUGAGGAUAAGAUCACCCAGCUCAAUUCCCACCAGAUGAUAGCGUGUGUCGGGGAGAACGGUCCGCGGGUGAACUUCACCGAGUACAUCAAGUGCAACCUCGCCCUCAAUCGCGUCCGGCAGCACGGCCGGGAGAGCACUUGCCACUCAACGGCCCAUUUCAUGCGCGGGGAGCUCGCCUCGGCGAUCCGAAGCCGGGGUGGGGCCUAUCAGGUGAACUGCCUCUUCGCGGGCUACGACGUUCGUACCUCAGACGACGACACCCACGCCGGCGGGCCGCAUCUCUACUACCUGGAUUACCUCGGCACCCUGCAGGAGGUCCCGUACGCGGCGCACGGCUACGGCAGCACGUUUGUGAUCGCCCUGCUUGAUCGCUUCUGGAGGCCGGACUUGACGCAGGUGGAGGGGGUGGAACUGAUGCAAAAGUGCAUCGAAGAGGUGAAGAAGCGUGUGAUUAUCUCAAGCCAGUAUUUCUUCGUGAAGGCGGUCACGGCGAAUGGGGUAGAGGUGGUGGAUAGCAUUCAUUAG